UUGGACUUACCACACUCGCAUCCCUCUCUCUGCACUUCUGUAGCCUCUCUCUCUCUCCCUUUACAAAGUGAGUGUCUCUCUGCCUUCAGCACUCCAUAAAGACUAUCAUCUCAAACUUUUACUACAGACAGAAAACUUUUUCCUCUUCUUACUUAGUGAGUGAGUGGCUCAGGCAUCACUGUGCCCUGUCUCAUUCAUCCUCUCCUGUCCUUGACAACUUUUCCUCCUCACUCUGACAGACGGGCGAAGAAGAAAACCGGGGCACGUGACAAUAUCCGGGAUUCAAUUUAUUUAUUAAUUUUUCUAUUUAUUUAUUUAUCUACGAGUGUUUCUCUUGGACCCGAAACAAAAUGAAAUUGCUGCUCGACUCCUCCUCCUCGCUCCUCUUCUCGCUGCUAUUGGCCCAGCUGCCCGUGUUCACGUCGGCCUCUCCAGUGCCUCAGCGGCGGCCCACUGACAUGGAUAAACUGUCUAAUCAGACCAAAAAUCUAAUGAAGCUCACCUCAGAACUGCUGAGGGAGCACGCAUUUGACUCAGACGUGGAGCCACACAGGUUCAGGUCUCUGCCAGAAAUGAGCAACAGAUCAGCCAGUGACCUCAGCAAUCUUGAGCUGAAGCCCACACUCACUCAGCUGCAUGCCGACCUGAAGCUGUAUGAGCACCACUUUGAGUGGCUCAACAGGGUUUCAAAGAAGCACCACCAUCCUGCUGUGCCCAAGCUGGUGGAGAUGAUUAGAGAAAUGAAAUCUCUCAUCACCAUGCUUCAUCGUCAGAUGGUGAGAGUUGAAGCACCCAGGGUGCCCCACCCAACCCCCUCCCUCCCCCCUCACCUCACCUAUCAGUUUGACGUCCUGCAGUCCAGCCAUGAACUUCUUCAACACUUCAGACUCUUCUGUGACUGGGCGUACAGAGCAUUCAUCACCCUCAAGCCCAAAGUCUCUGCAGUACAAUGAUGAUCCCGACUUGUUCAUUCUUUUCCUUACAACUGCCUGGAGGCAGAGCCAGUGAGGAUACACGGAGUCCCGCCUCAGCUAAAGGGGAAUAAGGACAAUGUCAGUGUGCACUGUAGUCAAUAGCAUGCCUUAAUUGGCUUAAACAUCAACUAAUGACAUGUGUGUUGAAGAAUGUGUCAUUUGAUCAGAGCCAAUAAGGAUAUGCUACACUGCAGCCAGUAAAACCAUCAAGAUUCCUGUUCAUGGGAAAUGCCAGUGAUCCCAUGAUGAUCCUCCCAACUCUCCUCUAAAGGCCUUGUUGAUGACCAUGUUAUUUAUGUAUUUAUUUAUUUAUUGUUGUUAGUAAUUUAUUUAAUUCUAUUUAUUUGAAGUUGUAAUAUUUCACUCUUGCCUUUAUUUCUGUAUUUACGUGAAUUUAUUUGCCCAUAGCUCUGUAAUUUUUCUUUUUGUGUAUCACUGACACUCAUGAAAAAAACACAGUAGCACUUCCUGAACCAUAGCUCUGAUAAUUUCUUUCUGUGUAAACUGAAUUAAUCUAUGUUAUAUUUGUGUAUUUCUCUAGACAAUUAUUCUUUCAGUAGAUGUAGCAAACAUUUGAGAACGCCAAGGUUUUCACUCUCACUUACAGUGUCCUUAAAGUAAACAUUUUUUGAAGAUAUAAAACAAUAUCUUCUGUUUAAAUGUGCCACGUCUUAAUGUUGGUAUUGAUGGUCCAAGAAUUUAUUUUUUUAUUUGCAUUUAUCAAAACAGUAGCCAAAGAGAAGUGAUUACAUUUUUUCUUUCAUUUUUUUACACAGGUAGAGUUUUGAUUUUAUUGCCUGUUUUUUUUUCCCAUUCUGCAUAAGGAGGCAUGCUUAAUGUCGUGGUAAAGAUGAAUGAAUGUGCCCUGUUGCUGAGCACUGAUGGACCUGAUUAAAUUCUUUGCACAAACUUGUUGGGAUUAGCCUCUUUGAUGAGUUAGAUGGCUGAUUUUGAACCUGUGCUUUUGGGUAGAAAAGGUUGUUUAAUUUUCAGUUGAACACCCAAAGCCUUAAAAUACUAUGUAUUGUGACACUAUGUUCUGUACAGGUGUACAUAAGUGUACAAGAAUGUAAAUUGUUGUAUACAGUGCUUUUGUGUUUUAUAUUAUGUUGUUUUCUACAAUAUAAUAUGGAUUUCUUUACCAAUUUUGUCACGACACUAUUGAUUUUUGUUCAUUCCUAUUCUAGUAUUUGUAACAGUAUUGACUAUUUAUUUAAGUAAUUUGGUGGAACUAUUUAUUUGUGUUGGCGGAGCAAGUCUCCUAUCUUUUGUACUUUUUAUACAGUUUUUAUUCUUAAUUACUACUAUUACGCCAUCAUGUUUAAAUUAUUUUUGUUACAUCAAGAUGCCUCUUCAACACACUGAUUGGCCUAAAUG